CCGAGCAGCAUGGAGAUCACAAUUCUUUGCGCUGUCGUUGCUGUUCUGAGAGUCCUUCCCAACAGAUUCCAGUUCUUCCAGUACGAGUCCGUCUCUCUGAGCUGUGAGCAGCAGGGAAACUCUUCUAAAUGGAGAGUUAAGAGGAACACAACCACAAUCAUAAACCGAGAGCAUUCAGCAUCCUGGAAUAGUAUAAAUGAGUCCUGUCUCUUCAUUGAUGACCUUUACCCAUUGGACACUGGAGUGUACUGGUGUGAGUCUUCAGCAGGAGAGUGCAGCGACACCGUCAACAUCUUUGUGACCGCUGGUUCAGUGAUCCUGGACAGUCCAGCCCUUCCUGUGAUGGAGGGAGACACUGUGACUCUGAGCUGCAGAACCAAGACAACUUCCUACUCUAGUCUCACAGCUGACUUCUAUAAAGAUGGGCUUCUCAUCGCGAGCAGCUCUACAGGAAACAUGACCAUGCACAGUGUUUCUGUAUCUGAUGAAGGAUUCUAUAAGUGCAGCGUCUCUGGAGCUGGAGAAUCACCAGACAACUGGCUGUCUGUCAGAGAAGCAAGGCGUCCUGAGCUGCCUAUCCACAUCCUCACACACAUUUUACUUCCUGUGGUGGGCGCCUGCCUCUUGCUGGUCUGUGUGACGCUGCUCUGCCUUUGGAGGAGCAGCAAAGGGGAGCCACUGAGGAAGGACUCCUCGAUGCUCUUCUCUGUCGCAGUAUACAGACCUUACCCUGUUAGGCGUAAAUACACACCAAGCCCUGUGUGGACUUACAAAGCCUGAGACUGGACCACUGAUCAAGAGGAGCCAGGAGACUCAGCAGCCUGUUUGACCUCUGAGACACUUUAAUUGUUCUAAUCAAGAGGCACAAUCCAUGAUCAGCAUGCACUGACACAACAUCACUUACCAGAACACUAACGGCAGACAAUAAGAACAACAUAAGAGUGAUUCUUGCUUAUUUUUUCCUUUCCUGUGAAGUGUUGGACUCGAUCACACUUCAUUGGUAGUGGAUUAAAAAAAUCACAUGAGCUUCUAUGGUGUGAUUGACCAUACCCAUUUGCUGUGAUGUGUGGUGCUUAGUCUUGGGAUGGAUUCCUGUACCCAUUAAGAGUUGUCCUCUGUGGGGAUUUUCUGUUUUGGGGUGUCAGUUAAUAGUUGUAAUGAAUUUGUAUCUUUAAUAAAGGUGCAUAUAUUUAUUUUA